GAGCUUUAAAGACCAUAAUAAUAAUAAAGAGCUCACCUAAGCCACAGAUCAUCUGUGAGGAGAGGAAGACACAAACCUGUUGUUUAAAACAUCCAUUCAAGUAAGAUGGAGUACAGAGGCAGCGUUAGACCUUUUGUUCAUUUCAAUGCAAAACAUGAUGCUGAAUUUCUUCAUAAAGCCAUGAAAGGAAUUGGUACAGAUGAAGAUGCCAUUCUCAUGGUUCUAACCGCCCGCAGCAAUGAUCAACGUCAGCAGAUUAAAGCAGCUUAUAAAAAAGCCUAUGGGAAGGACUUAGUCAGUGCACUGAAAUCGGAGCUCGGUGGGCUGUUUGAGGCCCUGAUUGUGGCAUUGAUGACGCCGCCGGUCUUAUAUGAUGCAACUCUGCUACACAAGGCUUUGAAGGGUGCAGGGACUGAUGAUCAGGUACUGAUUGAGAUCUUGGCCUCCAGGACUGGUGAUGAGAUUAAAGAUAUCAGCAAAGUCUACAAGAAAGAGUUUGGUGGCAAACUGGAGAAGGAUAUCAGCAGUGACACCGGUGGGAGCUACGGGAGACUGUUGGUGAUCCUGCUGCAGGGGAGCAGGGAGGAGGAAGUGGAAGAGGAUAAAAUUGAAAAUGACGCUAAGGACCUGUACGCCGCCGGUGAGGAGAAGUUUGGCACAGAUGAGGAAAAAUUCAUCACAAUUCUUGGCAACAGGAGCUCUGAGCAUCUCCAGAAAGUUUUUGAUGCGUACAAGAAGAUCUCUGGCUCUGACAUAGAGGACAUCAUUAAAGGCGAGACCACUGGGAACCUGGAAGACUUACUGCUCGCUGUAGUGAAAUGUGUCAGAAAUGUCCCUGGAUUUUUUGCUGAGAGCCUCUAUCAAUCCAUGAGGCGGGCUGGAACGGAUGAUGACACCCUGAUGAGGAUAAUGGUGUCCAGGAGCGAGGUUGACAUGUUGGACAUCAGAGCAAACUUCAAGAAGAUGUAUGGACAGUCUCUUUACACUGCCAUCCAGGAGGACACAGCAGGCGACUACCAGAAGGCGUUGCUGUACCUCUGUGGUGGGAAGGAUUAAUCAUGUUUGAGGGAUGAGACAGUUCUACUUACAAGGGAUUAGAUAUUGAUCCAUGUUCUUCUUCCUUUCUGACUUUACUGUUGAUUGAAUGAAUGUAAAUUAUCCACACAUCACUUCAGACAGCAUAUUUGCAGGAUGAAGGUCACUUACAGUCUACUUCAUACAUUCAUUAACAGCAGCCCUUUUUUAGUGAUCAGUGUUGAUGCAGACUUCAAUAUAAAAUGGAAAAUAAUGAAUCUUAUCCUAGAUGAUAAGUUAAUCUAAUAUGUGGCUGCUUCAGCAAGCUCAGAUUCAUGGCAAUUGGUUACCUCUUUUAGGCUUUUUUUAGGCGUUAAAUCAGCUCACAGAAAAUAAUACUGCUGAUCAAUUAUUUAAGCAACAUGUCCACAGCACUGCUGCUGCCAUUAAUUACAAAUGAGAUGCUGAAAUCCAAACCUGCUGUCAGUAGUCAAUAAGUAAUAGAAGGGCAUUAUACACUUGCUAGCUUAAAUUAGGACCUUUUCAUGAAGGGCACAUGUGGUAAGCAACCCACAGGAGAUGACAAAUGGUCCACUUCGCUGAAGCUGAACCACAGGGUGGCAGCAAAGUUCAGAAUCUGCCCCAAAUCUCAGCAGUGACCCAAUAGAAAUUAACUUUAACUCUCCACUGUAAAAAAAAAAGUUUGUUUUUAACUUCAUAUACUUAUUAAAAGUAUUUAAAGUUAAAUAGGUCUCAUUGUUCUUAUACUGUAAGAGAUUUUAUGGGUUCACCACACAUACCCACAUUUUAGAAUUAUAAAUAGUUUAAUGUUUCUGAAUAUCUUUGUGCUUUGUUUGUCUAUUUCUUCAUAUGUUACUGUAAUUUUCAAAUCUAAUCUGUAUAAUCUUUGUGAACAGUUCAAUAAAUUAUGAAGCAUUGCC